AUAUCCGAAUGCAUAAUUAGGUAAAGGUGUAAACAAAAGUUGCAACAGAUCUUGAUAUCGUACUUUAUUACAAAGAAAAUUGACAGUUUAUUAAGGGUUUUCUUCCAAAAUGAAGUGGGAAUACAAAGAAGAACAUCCCUUUGAGAAGAGGAGGGCAGAGGGUGAGAAGAUCCGUAAGAAGUAUCCAGACAGAGUGCCUGUCAUAGUAGAGAAGGCACCAAAAGCAAGAGUAGGGGACCUUGACAAGAAGAAGUAUCUUGUACCAUCAGAUCUGACAGUAGGCCAGUUCUACUUCCUUAUUAGAAAAAGAAUCCACCUGAGACCAGAAGAUGCGCUCUUCUUCUUCGUAAAUAACGUGAUUCCCCCAACCAGUGCAACAAUGGGAUCUUUGUACCAGGAACACCAUGAGGAGGACUUUUUCCUGUACAUUGCUUACAGUGAUGAAAGUGUGUAUGGAGCUUAAACCAAGGGGAACAACCACGUUUAUCAUAUUUCAUAACUUUUUACUGGAACAUCAGCAUUUCAAAAACUUUUCAUUUGCUUUUGGAAUUAUGGAAUCUGUUGCUAAAAAACUCUUGAGAUUUUGGAAAUUUGUGAAAUAAUAUUUUGAUUGUAACUAAUUUGUAUGUGAUAUACAUGUGAUAUUUUUCAUUGAUUAAAUUGUAAAAGCAGUUUCAGAUAGACAAAGCUUGCAGUCGUACGUGUUGUGCAUUAGCAAGGUGAAAAGAAAUGUUUUUUUCCCACUGCAUGCUUGUCAUGCAUACGGUAUGUGGAAAGUGUUUCUAGUAAGUUAGUGGACCUCACUGCAAAGAAAGAUCGAGAAAAAAUUUGUAGAUUAGGGCAAUAGGGCUUUGUGUGAACCCUCUAUCACACAACUAUUUUAUUUCAUUUUUAAGUUUCAUCAAGGAGAUGUACUUCUAUUCUCAAUAUUUCUUUAAAAGAUACGUGUGACUAUGAAGAAAAGAAACAAGUUGCUUACAUAACUUUGUAUAUACUUAAAAAAAAUAAGAGGCCUGUAAAGGCUUACAAUAGACAAAUUGGCAGUAGAAGCACAAACUUGAUCAACCUAAAAAAAUGUUGACGCAAUUAUAUUUGAAAACAAAACUGUACAGUUUCAACAUGAAUACAUGUAUUACACUUUAAACAUGAAUAUUUGAAAAGAAGAAAAUUUUGAAAAACUAAUAAAAAUGUCUAAACCGUCAGGGGUGUAACUGUUUUAAGUUAUGUAACCUAUUUCAGUUACGUUUUCAAGCAUUUUAUAACCUGUAUUAGUUGUAAAAUACAGUUAACUAGGUAAGUUAUUCAAAAAAAGUCUUUUUGCUGUUCUCACAGUGACCUUUGAAGUGUAAUUAGUAGCAAACUGUGGUUAAUCAAAUUCUCUUUUAGCCUGAUCAUGACCUGAUAAGCAUAAUGGGAUGUUAAGUGUUUUAUAGCUUUAAAACUUUGGGUAAAACUUUAUCAGCCUUGCCUGAAAAAUUUUUCAGCAUAGAUGGAAAGAUAAAAGGUCAAGGAUUCAGGAAAUAAUUGCAUUAGUCUCAUUUAAAAUGAAGAAUUGGCACAGGUGGGCUUUGUAAAAUUUUAUGAUAAAUGAAACAAGUUAUGAAAGUAUAAGCAAUAACUGGAAUGGGUUAUAAACUGCGAUAACUUGGAACAGUUACACACCUGACUGCUAAAUGGUGAUGCGGAUGAGUGUAAGUGGGAUAGAAUAUGACAAUAUGUAUGCAUGUAUAUAGAGCAUUUCAACAAUAUAUUUAUGAUUGGUUGAGGAGAAAUUUAUAAUCUGAGUAUUUGUUUGUUGAGAACUUUGUUGAUUUUAUGAUCUUGAUAUGAGUGUUGUUCAUGAAUGAAUGGUUAAUUGUUUUAUGGUUUUAUAAUUUAAAGUGUGCAUCUAAAAUGUUGGGAGAUAGCUCCUUUGUUUUGUUGGGUUAAUUUCUGAAAUAUAUGGCGCAGUAUAAAGAUACUUCAGUUAUCAAAGCAGCCAGUCUGGUCCUCUUUCUUUGGGCCAUUACAGUCUGAAUUGACUGCUACAGUAGACCUAGAAGACUAUAUGGAUGUAACAUCUUUAUUUAAUUCUUUUCAGUUUAUCUUAAUGGUUAAUCUAUAUGAAAAAAUUUUAAUAUCACUUUUCAAAUAUCAUGUCAUUGCGUACACCUGUUAACAGACCUACAUGAUAUACAAAUAUUUAUAUAGUUUUAGUAUGAAGUCAUGUAUCCCUUUCUAAAUUCUAGCUUUUUUUCCAUCUGAACACUACCCGGUAUUAUGUUUUCCGUUUUGUUGUUUUUAUUGAAUGUAUAGUUUUGACUUAUUUCUUUUAAUAUUGUCAUCACUUGGUAUGAAUUUAAUAAACAGUUAUGGUGUAUAAA